UGCUAAAUAUCACUGUAAAAAGGCAAAUAUUGCCCGUUAAAACGGGCUGACAAGGCACAUGCAUUUGCACCCAGUUCUGGUCCGGAUAAGACACCUCUCCCCCAACCUCCCCAAUCCCCAUCACUCAGUUGAACCGCAAGGAAGAAAACAAAGAGACAGGUUUCUCAUAUGACCAUGCCUCCCAACCUCCUAUCAUUUUUUGUGGUUCUAAUCACCUGAAAAUCUGAAUAGUUUAAACCCGGCUCAAUUUUAGCUCGUUCAAAUAUCAACGAGAGCCAAUCAUCAGAUUAUAGUCGCUAGACAUGCUAGUCCAGGAGUCUUUCGAACUGGAAAAUGGUUCUGUUGAAGACGAUAACCUGCAGUAUGAGAAUGAAAUAAGAACUGGAACUGUGUGGACCGGUAUUGCUCAUAUCAUCACCGCCGUGAUUGGAGCUGGUGUCCUCUCUCUUGCGUGGAGCACUGCACAACUGGGGUGGAUUGCCGGACCAGGUGUUUUGCUGUGUUUUGCAGUUGUCACGUACAUAUCGGCCUCCCUCAUAUCUGACUGUUACAGGUCACCUGACCCUGUAACUGGAACACGAAACCCGUCUUACAUGGAUGCUGUUAGAGUUAUUCUUGGUAGGAAACAUGCAUGGUUCUGUGGUUUUCUUCAGUAUAUUAGCUUUUAUGGGGUUGGUAUUGCUUAUGUAAUUACUACUUCAACCUGCAUGAGAGCAAUUCAGAAAUCAAACUGUUACCACAAGAAGGGGCACAAGGCUAACUGUGCAUAUGGGGAUCACAUCUUUAUGCUGCUAUUUGGAGUUAUUCAGAUUGUACUGUCUCAGAUACCAGAUAUUCAUGACAUGGCUUGGCUGUCUAUUGUUGCCGCUAUCAUGUCCUUCUCUUAUGCUUUUAUCGGAUUAGGACUUGGGUUUUCCAAAGUAGUUGAAAAUGAGAACAUUCAGGGGAGCAUUAGAGGUGUCCCGACUGAUACUGUAGCUCAGAAGAUAUGGUUAAUUUUGCAGGCAGUUGGGGACAUAGCUUUUGCAUAUCCAUAUUCAAUUAUUCUACUAGAAAUACAGGAUACUAUGAAGUCCCCUCCACCCGAGAACCAGACCAUAAAGAAGGCUUCAAUGGGUGCAAUUCUGAUCACCACUUUCUUCUACCUCUGCUGUGGAUGCUUUGGAUAUGCAGCCUUUGGGAACAAUACACCAGGAAACCUCUUGACUGGAUUCGGAUUCUUUGAGCCCUUCUGGCUUGUCGACUUUGCCAAUGCUUGCGUUGUUCUACAUCUAAUCGGAGCAUAUCAGGUGCUACUAUACAAUUUCACAUGAAAUAUUCAAAUAUGUCAGUUUGAUUGGCCUCUUUAUAAGCACAAAGAUCAUGACUAAUAUGAAAUUUUUUUGCUUGUUUAGAUAUUUAGUCAGCCGGUGUUUGCAUUUGCAGAAAGAUGGUUUAGUGGGAUGUUCCCAAACAGUGGAUUUAUGAACAACUUCUACCCCUUCAAAAUUCCAUUACUGCCUGCUUUUCAGCUGAAUCCCUUCAGGCUGUGCUUCAGAACUGCAUAUGUUAUAUCGACGACCGGACUUGGACUGGUCUUCCCCUAUUUCAACGAAAUCAUAGGAGUUUUGGGGGCCAUUGGCUUUUGGCCCUUGGCUAUAUAUUUCCCUGUGAAAAUGUAUUUUGUGCAAAGAAAGAUUGGGGCUUGGACAAGAAACUGGGUGGUUCUUUGGAUUUUCAGCCUUGUAUGCUUGCUUGUGUCAAUUGUGGCCUUAGUUGGAUCAGUUGAAGGACUGAUAAGCGCAAAGUUGAAGUAAAAUAUUCGUGCUAAGUUGUAGGUUUGCGGGUUUGAGAUUUACUAGUUGUACCGCAAGCAGGAAUUAUUACUCUACUUGAUUCAAGACAAUAAAGUCUUAUACCCAAUUAUUUGGAGUCGACUAAAAAAAAUCAUGUUUUUCCUUUUUUUUUUUUUU